CCACACACACACAGACACAUUACUAUGUGUGAGCGGGUGUGUGUGGCCCGGUCUGUGUCUUUGUCGCCGGUAAGGGGAAGGCGUGGUGAGUGAGUCUGAUCACAGAAGCUACUGAUGAGGGAACGAAGCAGAUGCGAGGACACAUCCGACAGCGAGAGAGUGAACCGAGCGGAAACGCCCUUUAGACAGAGAUGACUGAGGGACGGCUCUGCCAGGUGCAGCUCCUGGACGACAGGAAGCUGGAGCUCUUGGUUCAGCCAAAGCUGUUGUCCCGUGAACUCUUGGAUUUAGUCUCAUCCCAUUUUAACCUGAAAGAGAAGGAAUACUUUGGGUUCACCUAUGUGGAUGACAUUGGUCAGUGCAAAUGGCUGCAGCUGGACCGCAGAGUCCUGGAGCACGACUUCUCCAAGAAAUCCGGGCCUAUUGCGCUUCAGUUCCUGGUGAGGUUUUACAUUGAGAGUAUUUCGCUGCUGAAGGAGCACACAACUGUGGAGUUAUUCUUUCUGAAUGCCAAGUCGGCCAUCUAUAAUGGUGACAUCGAGGUGGAGAGUGAGCUGGUUUUUAAAUUAGCUGCUCAUGCGCUGCAGGAAUCUAAAGGAGACUAUACAAGUGAUGAAAACACCAGAGCAGAUCUGAAGAAGCUUCCAGCACUGCCCACUAAAGUCCUGAAGGAGCAUCCGUCUCUGGCAUACUGCGAGGAGCGUGUGAUUGAGCACCACAAGCUGUUGAAAGGGCUCUCCAGAGGACAGGCCAUUGUGCAGUACUUGACCCUGGUGGAGUCACUGCCCACAUACGGAGUGCAUUAUUAUGAAGUGAAGGAUAAACAAGGACUUCCAUGGUGGCUGGGCAUCAGCUAUAAAGGCAUAGGACAGUAUGACCACCAAGAUAAAGUCAAACCUCGAAAGCUCUUCCAGUGGAAGCAGUUGGAGAACUUGUACUUCAGAGAGAAGAAAUUUGCUGUGGAGGUGAAUGACCCUCACAGGCGAACAGUGACUAAACGCACGUUUGGUCAGACGGGGCUGGUGAUCCACACUUGGUAUGCCAGUCACUCAUUGAUCAAAACCAUCUGGAUCAUGGCCAUCAGCCAACACCAGUUCUACCUGAACAGAAAACAGAGCAAAGCAAAAAUCACCACAGCCAGAAGUUUAGGAGACAUCGCGACUGACCUGACAGAGAACGGAGCAUCAAAGAUGAACAAACUGAGUGCAGGGGUGAAGAAUCAGCUCAUCAUGGCCAGUAACGGGAGUCUGGUUUCAACAGGUUCGGCUGACUCUGAAAUGAAUGACGACCAGAAAAAAGAGAAACUUGCGGAGCUGAGAAAGAAAGAGAGAGAGCUCCAGGACAUGCUAAGCCAAAAACUGACAGAGCUGAAAGAAAUAUGCCUGCGGGAGGCUCAACUUACUGGCAAACUUCCGAAAGAGUUUCCCCGCAUCAAAGGCGAAACCCCUCCUCAUGUUCGGAGGAGAGUCGGGACGGCUUUCAAAUUAGAUGACCUUUUCCCCUAUAAUGAGGAUCCAUACCUGAGAAAUUUGGAGAGUCGCUUUGCAUUGCAGCAGAAAAUCGUGGAGGCAGCCAAGAAGCUCGCUGCCGAGCCUGACAUCUCUAAAUUAGUGAGGAAAAAGAGGAGGAGGAACUGUCUGGAUGCCAUGCAAAAGCUGCAGGAGAUCGAAGAUGAAAUGAAUCAAUACAGACUGAAGAAAGGGCAGAAACCCACACAGAGGGCUUCUGUGAUCAUAGCAGAUGAACUGGCUCAGUCCGAGUGCAGCUCCCUGUGUGAUAGUCUUCCUCUAGAGGAUGAAGAUGAUGGGCAGAGGCCGCGCUCCCGCUCCGUCCAGUGUUCCCCGUGUCUGAGUCCUCCUCUGUCAUCGUCCGGUCUGGAAUACGACUCAGAGAGACGAUCCUCAUCCAGCGACACACAUCACGACAGAGCUCUUAAUAGAUUAGAUCAUGAGGUCCAAGGGCCAGGACAUUAUUACACCCCCCGAGAGGUGUUCUCUGCCCAAAGCAGUCCGUGUAAAACUUUACCUAGAAUGCCGAAGGACCCCCGCAGCUUACCCCAAACCCCCGUCAUGCCCCGUAACGCCUACAGCAGCAGCCAACUCAGAUCGGAAGGUUAUAUCCGUGGUUUCCGGCACCGCAGUGGCAGUUUGGAGUCCCAGUCACAACUUCUCCACUCUCACUGCGCAAACAAAUUGACGUUUCCUCUGUCUCCUUCCCGCCGUAGCAACAGCACUGAGGUGCUGGACGACUGCUCAUCCUAUACCAGCAUGUCCAGCAUGGACUAUUGCCUCCCCUGCUCAGCCACUCCUCCCUACCGCAUGUUAGACUCGCAAUCCCAUGAUUACCGGCUCCACCGCAAAGUGGAGAUCUACGGAAAUACCGGCAGCAUGCCUAACUUGGUCCCUCAAAACUCCAGCUGUUAUGGCUACCAGCAGAAUCACUAUGGCCCUGCUGCGUAUUACAUGACUGGGUAUCCCGGCCUUGAAUAUGAGCCUUGUUCUAACGGAGCUUACGUUUACGAGAGUGAGCUUGAGGGUCACUAUAACAUCAACCCCACUUACCCGGCACAUGGUUACCAGAGUCGUAGUCGGAACAGGCAUUAUGGAAUAGAAGGGUCAGAUAAUCUGUCACAGAAUCCAUAUGCCACCGUGAGGCCCCCUAGAGGACGACAGGGACCCUUGAAUGAGGUGCUGACGAAGAACAUGUACAAGGCUUUGGUGGCGGAGCAUUUGAAGGGAUGGUACAAUCGCAGUGCUGGGCACAGGGAACCAGGUGCCUAUCAGCUGGUGUACACCUACAAAUAUGACAGAGGUUCCCAGCACAGCCUGGGCUACCAGACGCUGCCCGCCCCCUUCACCCACUCCAGCAGAACCAACUCGUUCUCCUCAGUGUCAUCUACUGCCAGUGGAGGGGGAAACUGGCAGAAUCAUUUAGCCGUGGGUCUGACUGAUGGUGAAUUGCCAGACGGUCCCUUGAGUGCUGGGGCUUACAGUCCUUCAUACAGUCGCAGUCCUACACACAACAGGUUCCCGUCAGAAAGUGCCACCUCUCACACAUCAGAGCCGGUAGAGGUGUUUGGAGCCAUGGCCAGCUGUUCUGACACAGACCAUUAAAGAGUAAUGAGGACAGCUCAUUCCGCAUGUCAGUCCCGUGACGUCACAGAGCACACGUUGAUACUGCAGCAACACGACUGCUGUAUUUACCACUUCUGGAGGACCAAAAGAUAUACCGGCACAACAGAAAGUAGAAAGGAAACAGAAGCACCUUACGGACAGAUGUGGACAACAUGGACCUAAAUCUAUCUCGUGCCUCAGAAUGGGAUGGCCAUGCUAGUGGACGUCUAGCCUAACAAAUGACUUGUAAAAUGCCCUGGACUGUGAGAGCAUCGGUGUUCACGCUCAGUUCUGUGGUGUGAAUAAUAAACCUACCAAAUGA